UCUGUAGGGUCAGAGGGCACAAGUGUGUGUUUUCGGCAUGCAUAGGGAGGAUGUAGAUGGUGGUUCAUACUGAUUGCAUGUAUAAGCAGUGUCAACGUGUUGAAGUUUAGUUAUGCGGAGUGAACGUGGUGCAAAUUCAGACAGUAUUUAGCAGAUAUAUUUGUAUUGCUGUGUUGGGCGUGAAAUAGCAGACAUCAUGGUGAAGGAACAAUUUAGAGAGACGGAUGUGGCCAAGAAAAUAAGCCACAUCUGUUUUGGGAUGAAAUCUGCCGAGCAGAUGCGUCAGCAGGCUCAUAUCCAGGUGGUCAGCAAGAAUCUGUACAGCCAGGACACCAGUCACACACCACUGGCCUACGGUGUCCUGGAUCAUCGCAUGGGCACGAGUGAGAAGGACCGACCAUGUGAUACGUGUGGAAAGAACUUGGCAGACUGUCUGGGUCACUACGGAUACCUAGACUUGGAGCUACCCUGCUUUCAUGUUGGCUACUUCAAAGCCAUCAUAGGAAUCCUACAGAUGAUCUGUAAAACGUGUAACCACAUCAUGCUGUCCAAAGAGGACAAGCUUCAGUUCAUGGACCUCCUCAGAAGGCCCGGCCUGGUCUACCUUCAGAAGCGCGGCCUGAAGAAGAAAAUCUCUGACAAGUGCAGGAAGAGGACUGUCUGUCUGAACUGCAAUGCAUUCAAUGGUCCAGUGAAGAAGUGUGGUUUGUUGAAAAUUCUCCAUGAGAAAUACAAGACUACUAAGAAAGUGGUGGACCCCAUAGUGACAGACUUUCUGCAGUCCUUUGACAUCGCCAUCGAGCACAACAAAGAAGUGGAGGCGCUACUGACGCGGGCUCAAGAAAACCUGAACCCGCUGGUGGUGCUGAAUAUGUUCCGGAGGAUUCCGGCGGAGGAUGUGCCGCUGCUGCUGAUGAACCCGGAGUCGGGGAAGCCGGCCGACCUCAUCCUGACCCGCCUGCUGGUGCCGCCGCUCUGCAUCCGACCCUCGGUGGUCAGCGACCUCAAGUCCGGCACCAACGAGGAUGAUCUCACCAUGAAGCUCACGGAGAUCAUCUUCCUCAACGACGUCAUCAAGAAGCAUCGCAUGUCUGGGGCGAAGACGCAGAUGAUCAUGGAGGACUGGGACUUCCUGCAGCUGCAGUGCGCCCUGUACAUCAACAGUGAGCUGUCAGGCAUCCCUCUCAAUAUGGCACCCAAGAAGUGGACCAGAGGCUUCGUGCAAAGACUCAAGGGGAAGCAAGGGCGUUUCCGUGGAAACCUGUCAGGAAAGCGAGUGGAUUUCUCUGGCAGAACGGUCAUCUCCCCCGACCCCAACCUGCGGAUUGAUGAGGUGGCAGUCCCCAUCCAUGUCGCCAAGAUCUUGACCUACCCAGAGAAGGUGAACAAAGCCAACAUUGAAAUGUUGAGGAAGCUGGUGAAGAGCGGACCAGAGGUGCACCCUGGGGCCAACUUCAUCCAGCAGAGACACAACCAGAUGAAGAGGUUCUUGAGGUACGGCAACCGCGAGAAGAUGGCUCAGGAGCUGAAGUUUGGCGACGUGGUCGAGAGGCACAUGAUCGACGGCGACAUUGUACUCUUCAACCGGCAGCCCUCACUGCACAAGCUCAGUAUCAUGGCGCACAUAGCGGUAGUGAAACCCCACCGGACGUUCCGCUUCAACGAAUGCGUCUGCACGCCCUACAACGCCGACUUUGACGGCGACGAGAUGAACCUCCACCUUCCCCAGACGGAGGAGGCCAAGGCUGAGGCCCUCGUUCUCAUGGGGACAAAAGCCAACCUGGUCACACCAAGAAACGGGGAGCCGCUGAUUGCCGCCAUUCAGGACUUUCUAACAGGAGCUUACCUGCUGACGCUGAAGGACACCUUCUUCGACCGGUCGAAAACCUGCCAGCUCGUGGCCUCCAUCCUCGCGGGCAAAGACGAGAAGAUCAAAAUAACUCUGCCCCGCCCUUCCAUCAUGAAGCCUGUGACCCUGUGGACGGGGAAGCAGAUCUUCAGCCUGAUCCUGAAGCCCGGCGCAGCCUGUCCUGUCAAGGCCAACCUGCGCACCAAAGGAAAACAGUACAGCGGCAAAGGAGAGGACAUGUGCUCCAAUGACUCCUUCGUGGUGAUCCAGAACAGUGAGUUGCUGUGCGGCACCAUGGACAAGGGCACGCUGGGCUCCGGCUCCAAGAACAACAUCUUCUACAUCCUGCUGCGCGACUGGGGCCAGAUGGAGGCGGCUGACGCCAUGUCCCGCCUGGCCCGCCUGGCCCCUUGCUACCUGUCCAACAGAGGCUUCUCCAUUGGCAUCGGGGACGUCACCCCGGGCCAGGGGCUUCUGAAGGCCAAGCAGGACCUGCUGGACGCCGGCUACAAGAAGUGUGACGAGUACAUCGAGGCCCUGAAGACUGGCAAGCUCGCCCCACAGCCAGGGUGCACACCGGACGAGACGCUGGAGGCCCUGAUUCUGAGAGAGCUGUCCGUCAUCAGAGAUCAUGCAGGUAGUGCCUGUCUCCGAGAGCUGGAUAAAAGCAACAGUCCCCUCGUCAUGGCCUUGUGUGGCUCUAAAGGGUCUUUCAUCAAUAUCUCUCAGAUGAUCGCCUGUGUCGGUCAGCAAGCCAUCAGUGGCUCACGUGUGCCUGAUGGCUUUGAGAACCGCUCCCUGCCCCACUUCGACAAGCACUCAAAGCUCCCCGCGGCCAAGGGCUUUGUGGCGGACAGCUUCUACUCAGGCCUCACCCCCACGGAGUUCUUCUUCCACACUAUGGCCGGCAGGGAGGGCCUGGUGGACACCGCUGUGAAGACGGCUGAGACUGGAUACAUGCAGAGGCGUCUGGUGAAGUCCCUGGAGGACCUGUGUUCCCAGUACGACCUGACUGUGCGCAGCUCCACGGGUGACAUCAUCCAGUUCAUCUACGGAGGCGACGGUCUUGAUCCCGCCGCCAUGGAGGGAAAGGAUGAGCCGCUGGAGUUCAAGAGGGUCCUCGACAACAUCAGGUCUGUGUUCACGUGUCCGGACGAGCCGGCCUUGAGCAGAAAUGAGCUGGUGCUCACCGCCGAGUCCAUCAUGAAGAAGACCGACUUCAUGUGCUGCAGAGACACCUUCCUCGACGCAUUAACUGAAUCUGGAUGUCAGAAGUACCUCGAGGAAAUAAAGAAAUUCAUUAAGAGCGUCUCCGACAAAAUCAAGAAGACCCGAGACAAGUACGGCAUAAACGACAACGGCACCACCGAGCCAAAGGUCCUCUACCAGCUAGACAGGAUCACUCCCACCCAGCUUGAGAAGUUCCUGGAGACAUGCAGAGACAAGUACAUGAGGGCUCAGAUGGAGCCAGGCUCGGCGGUGGGGGCCCUCUGUGCCCAGAGCAUUGGGGAGCCGGGCACGCAGAUGACCCUCAAGACCUUCCACUUCGCUGGAGUAGCCUCCAUGAACAUCACCCUGGGUGUGCCCCGCAUCAAGGAGAUCAUCAACGCCUCCAAGAACAUCAGCACUCCGAUUAUCACCGCAAACUUGGACGUGGAUGAUGAUGCUGACUUCGCCCGUCUGGUGAAAGGCCGUAUUGAGAAAACGCUGCUAGGAGAGAUCUCGGAGUACAUCGAGGAGGUGUUUCUUCCGGACGACUGUUUCAUCCUGGUGAAGCUCUCCCUGGAGAGGAUUCGACUCUUGCGACUGGAGGUCAAUGCGGAGACGGUGCGUUACUCUAUCUGCAUGUCCAAGCUGCGGGUGAAGCCCGGGGACAUCGCGGUGCACGGCGAGGCGGUGGUGUGCGUGUCGCCGCGGGAGAACAGCAAGAGCUCCAUGUACUACGUGCUGCAAACGCUCAAGCAGGACUUACCCAAGGUGGUGGUGCAAGGGAUCCCUGAGGUGGCCCGCGCCGUCAUUCACAUUGACGAGGCGAGUGGCAAGAAGAAGUUAAAACUGCUCGUGGAGGGAGACAACCUCCGGAGUGUCAUGGCAACCCAUGGCGUGAAAGGCAGCAGGACGACCUCCAACAACACUUACGAAGUUGAGAAGACCCUUGGCAUAGAAGCGGCCCGCACCACCAUCAUUAACGAGAUUCAGUACACCAUGGUCAACCACGGCAUGAGUAUCGACCGCAGGCACGUUAUGCUGCUGGCUGACCUCAUGUCCUAUAAGGGAGAGAUCUUGGGAAUAACCAGGUUCGGCCUGGCUAAAAUGAAGGAGAGCGUGCUGAUGCUGGCGUCCUUUGAGAAAACUGCCGAUCAUCUGUUCGACGCAGCGUACUUUGGACAGAAGGACUCUGUUUGUGGUGUGUCUGAGUGCAUCAUCAUGGGCAUUCCGAUGAACAUUGGAACCGGCUUGUUCAAGCUGCUCCAUAAGGCCGAUAAAGACCCAAACCCACCCCGCCGACCGCUGCUCUUCGACAGCCCAGAGUUCCACAUCCCUCUAGUCACCUAGGUAAUCGCCACAGGGCAGGGCUGGGAUUGGACGGACCCCACCACUGAAGAAACAAUCUUCAAUGUAUUGCAAUUCUCCGUGCCUAGUGAGUUUAGGGGCGGGGGAGGGGGGCGGCAAUGGAAUACAGUUUUGGCUGAAAGAAAUAAUGGGUUUGGCGUUGCAGUCGUUUUAAAGGUAGAGGCUGACAGUGGGAAUACAUCUGGCCCUGGAUCAGUGUGGGUCCAUCGAAUCCGCAAACAAAUUAGCGACAGAUCAGUUUCAGCGUCAGCAGCAGCAGCAGAAACCCAGACUCUGGAUCACAUGUCACUCAAAUCUGUCAUGUUCAUUUGUCAGGCAAUCAGGGUGCCCUUCCUCUUGUUUUUUCUGCUGUUGUCCGUCUCAGAUGUUGAGUGAGUGUUUCAACAGGGACAAAAUAUAGAGCUCAUCAUUUUCCACUCGGAAGAAAUCUGGACAGCCUUUGGUUCGCUCGCUCUUGUGAAGUCCAGUGGGAAGGUGUCAUUCCAAACACCUUUUUUUUUUUUGCUUUGAAGAUUUUGACACAUCCGAUUCAUCAGAAUUUUACCUCAGUACCGACUCUGACAAAGUCACUCUUUUUCUGUUUCGUUGCAAGACACACACAUUUCAUUUCUCACUGUGUGCCUUUAUGCCUGGGUUAUUGCACAUUCUUGUGCAGUAUGUUUUGAGUUAGUAUCAUUUUUAAAAGUAACAAGCUUGCCGUAUCUGCUUGUAGAGUGUUUGGUAUGUGCCUCAGCCAAUUAUGUAGAUAAAUAGAAAAAACUGUUUCUAUAUUGGUACAUACAUUUGAUGCUCCUGAUGUUUUUUUUCCUUCAGACAGGAGGGAUGAAAUUGUCCUACUAAUUAAAAUUCAGUUUUUUUUUUUUUAGCUUUAGUCUGGUUUUGGAGAUUUUCCUUACUUUCUCAGUCAACCUCCUAUUGAUGUGCAGAGGAAAAAGUAUGACUACAGCAUGACUGUUUUUUUCUUUGUUUUUUUUUUCAUCUGUAUAUAAACAUAUAGCCUAUAUAUGGUCGUGAGUAAAGUGUUAAUAAAGGAAUGUCUUAUCUGGA